CAAAAUGUCUUGUUAUACAACUUGGGGAUAGGUUCAAAAGAAGUUCGUUCAAAAAUGAGGCUUUGAUUUGGGAGUUAAGGUUGGAAAUAAAUAAACUGAGUGAAAGUAAAGUUUUCAGUCCAUGAAUACUGAAUGACAUGCAUCUAGGGAUGUGGGAUAUUUUUACUUUCUCAGCUCAGCCAGUGUUUGUUGUUGCUAAAAUAUCUGUCUGAAUUCCAGCUCAGCAAACAGAGUAAAUGCUCAGUGAGGAAAUGUACACCAUCAUUUCUGAGAAUAAGGGAGGAUUUGGAUUAAAACAGAUUGAGUAUUUUAAAAUUUAAUACAAGUUUCUCUAAAAUUCUUCAUUGGAAGCUUGUUGAUCAAAACGAUUUCCUCAACAGUUCUCAGCUUCUAUGUUUAGGCUUUGAACAAAGGGAAAUAUGUCAUUGUUGAAUUUCUUCCAACAGGGAGUUUCUUUUUUAGCAGAGACACCAGUUUGUGAACCACACUAUUCUGUAAGUGUCAGCUUCCUUGUUGAUGAGGCAAAGACUAGUGGGUGUAGAUACAAGCAGACAAAUAACUAAACCAAACCACACGAGUACCUUUACUUCCCAUGUUUUACAUUUGUAUUCACCAGUGUUUGUAUUUUGAAAAGAAGUCAUUUAAACUCACCGUGCAUAGAGAUAAAAGCGAUGUGGCCGAAAUAGCAAUGCCUCAGAGGCUUUGAAUUUGAAUAAAUGGCUCAGUGGUGGCUGAUAGCUGGGUCUAAAGAUGAACAGGGUCUGCCUCAGUAGGCUGGGAGAAAUUGGUUCUAUAUUUCAAGAUAGCUCAUGUCUACUUAUAUCGUUUUUUUUUCUUUUUCUUUUGAUGCCGUCAUGUUCUUCUCUAUGGUUUUGAAAAACAACAGGCUUUAUUGUGCUCAGGGACGAAUGGAUCAGAGAGAAUUUGUGGGCCUCUUUAUCUUAUUCAGGCCUUUGUGCAUGUAAAUCAGUGUGGCUCUGCUGUAGGUAGGCUGUUAUUUCGAAUUUGAAUCACUGUUCCUUAUGAACUAGUUAAGUAAAAAAAACCAAGGUCAUCCUCACCUGCAUAAUCCUAUAGAGUUUCUUUAUCAGGGGACAUUCCCUCCUCUUGAAUGUUAGAUUUGCCAAUCAGGUAUUCUGGUCAGGAUGUUUGGCUCAUUCUUUUUAGAGACCUGCAAUAUGGAGACUGACACAGAUGGGCUUGGAGUGACCACAGAGAAUCCGAAGAUGGUAAAUGGUAGAAAUUUUGAAGUCUUUUUAAAAUAAAGAAAAACAUCUAACAAGAUGUAUGCUAUCGUGAUUGGAACGAAGACAAGCAAUCUGUUACAAUUACAAAGCAAUUAAAUAAAUCAAAGAAAUAUGCUUGUGAGCAACCUGUACAGCUGUUGCUGUUUUCCUGUCAAUAUUAUUCAAGAAUGAAGCUUGAUUGCAUGUUGACGUAUUUAUUCUGUGUACCAUGUUUCGGGCUUGCUGGCUUGUUUGUUUCUUUCUCUUUGUACUUAUGUACCUUUCAUUUGUUGCCAUAUGAAGUGGCUAUUAAUAGCCACAUUGAUUUCAUUCACAGUGAUCUGAAGUGAAUGCAUACCAGGUGCACACUAAAUAUCUCUGCACUGUGUGUUUUAUGUGGUAUGGUAUUUUUUUCACUGUUUUUUAAAUGAAUUAAUGACCUGGGGAGAGGGAAGCCAUGUGCCUUAAAAAAUCCUAGUCAGAACAACUAUGUGUAGAAUUGCUGUGUAGUCAUGGCAACUUUCAAUUUGUUUUACUGGUGUACUUUUGUAAGGUGGUAAAUCAGUUUCUUGUUUUUAGCUGUUUAUUCUCAGUGUCCCCGGGAUCCCGGUUUCGUAGUCCAAAUAGUAAAUGUGUAUUUUGUUCCUAGUUUGAUUAUCCUUGUACUGCAGUAACUCAAAUGACAGCAACAUUUGAUGCUUCAAGCUGAAGUACUGUAUGUCCAUACGUCUUUGACUUUACCCAGCACACUGUUGGUUCUGGAGUUGGUGUCAUUAUCACCCAGACCAGACUGCUCUCAUCAGGCUCUGGGACGAGGCUUUACUGUCCUGGAGCUUUUCACCAACAGGCCAGACACCCCAGCUGCUGAUGGGGAGAGAAGGCUGAAUCUACAUCACGGAUCACCAAGAGCCUUGCUUCACCCUCUAAUAAAGGAUGCUGUUGACUAUCAUAAUAUGUUGAAAAUUAUUGAAGGAGCACAUUUGGCCUGUGUCCUGAAAAAACAUCCUGCACUGGAUUCUGUCCUGCACCUCUUUCCAGAGAAUGUCCUUGUAUCCGGGGAAGAGAACAUUCCUGGACUAGUAGCUUCCCCGACAGGAGAUGCUCUGCUGAAGCCUCAGACGCUCAAAACGCUGCCCUUCACCCUGAACAGACUUACCAUCUCCCUUCAGCCGUCCCUGGAGAAGUUCGAGAGCCAGCUGCUGCAGCUGAUCAAUGCUGACUGCCAGAACACAAUACAACCAGGAUCAGAUGGUGCAAUAAGGACAGUUGUCAUUCAGGAAAGGAGGCUUCAUGUUGGAGUCCACAACGGCUGGUGCUUCCUUGAGAAGCCACAAGUGGUAGUACUGGAGGCCUUUCCCUCAGGAGUCAGAGGACGAGCAGGCAGCCCUUCCAAACAGAGCGCUCUGAGUAAGGACAGCUAUCUGCUACCUCUACAUCCCGCGCUGCUUUCUUGCAUAGCCUUCGUUGGGGGAUUUGGUGUCCCUUCCAGGAGCCAGCUGAGUGGAAGGGGGAAGAGAUACAGCUUGUAUUGCAAGGAGGUGCAAAGCCAAACCCUCAUGGAGCCAUGGUCUAUAGCACAGAGGUGUCUGCCAAAGCUCAGAGCCCUGCACCAAUCUCAGCUCCAGGCACAGCUCAGGAGGUCUCAGAAGCAAAGGAUAUGAUCAAAUUUUGGCUGUCAUCCAGCCUGGAAAGGAAGGCAUCCAGCCCAAAGCCAUCCCUGAGGAUAAAACAGGUAGACGUGCCUCGCCAGAGAAGAUCACCUUCAUCACCUUCACAGGAUCGGAAACGCAUUCCACCAGCUUCUCCUCCAGAAUCUCCUCAAGGCCCCGGGCUCUCACUGUCUCAGCUGGCAGCUACUUCACGCUACCCGACCAUCAGCCACUCCAGCUCGGCGUUGCUGUGGCAACAGUCGUUUCCUUCUCUGCUCCAUCCUUCCCCAUUGGCAUCGGCCCACCAGCUGUCACAUGUCGCCUGCUCAGCUGUCAGCAACUUCGCCCACCUGGAGAUGGACCUUCAGCAAAGAGGAGGUGAUUCAGCUUCACUUCAUGAUGAGGGAGACCAACUUCAGGAGCUGCCCUUCACCCCUGUCCAUGCCCCUGUCAUUACUCUGGGGAUGAAUGUGCCCAGUUCCUGCUCAGUCAGCUCCAGAAGCUCAUUGGCCCACCUCUUCUCGGCUGGUUUCCCUGACAUCGUGGACUCUAGUGGACAGGUGGCUGAUGUCCUGGAUCCCACAGAACCCCUACCCUUUGAUCCCAAUCGAGAAGAGAAUGACCUGCAGGGAAACUUGCUGGUGUUCCAGUUUCUGGCAUUUACUAGAAUAGCAGCACCGGGUGUUGGUCCCGAUUGGCCUGAAAACAUCUACUUCACCUUCCAGUUCUAUCGCUUUCCACCAGUCACAUCACAGCGGCUCAAGUUGCUGACUGGUGACAAGGUUCAGCACAAAGCUAGCAAUCCAUUUCCCUGUGUCCUCGCCUCCAUUAACACAGAUGGCACAGUUAACACUGGCUCUCCAGGACUGCAGCUGCAGUUCAGAGUAGAUGAUAGUUUCCUGAAGCCAGGGGAGAAGCGCUGGUUUCUUCGCUACCUGGCCCUCCACGCCAUGCAUAUUGACAUCUGGGACAGUGACUCCUUGCUCCUGAUAGGUUCUACUGCAAUCGAACUCAAGUACAUGUUGCGUCAGUGUAAAUCGGCAGUACAGGCGCUUCACGAGGUGGAGGUACUGACCACUGACUACGUAGGAGAGGAUACCUUACUGACAAACCCAGACCUGGGUCGACACUCUGCCUCCAGCCCCAUGACGGUUCACACCAUUGUCAGAGGCCGGCUCCACAUACGCACAGGCAACAUUGGGUGCCCUGCAGACUCUGGCAGAAAGAGGCCAGCAGACGUGAUGCAGUCUCUCUUGCAUAUCAUCACGCCUUGUGAAGUCACCAGCGGUUUCAGAGGAGGAAGUCUGUCCAGCAGGAACAUCCUCCAGCUCAAUGCGAGGAACACUGCACAAGCAGACAGACUGCCGAUAAAUGAGGAUCGGGUGCCAUUGUUCCGACGCGGGAUCAGAGCUGACGGUGUCGUGCCCAAGGAGAACAGCCUAAACAAACCCGAUGACAGUGACCGAAAGCUGAAGUGCAUGGCUGCAGUGCGCGAGCGGGAGGCCAGCGAAGAUGCUAAAACGGCAAAGGUUGCGGCUCAGUCUAAAAAAGCCCAGCUGGCCAAUCCCAGUGAAGCCAAGAGCAAAGCAGAGAGCAUCGCCAACAUGCUGAGCCAGGCCAUCACCACCCAGCACCUGCUUUAUGCUAGCCUGGGCUCUGCAGAGUACAUGGAGUUUGUCCUUAAGAAUCCAUUUAAUGUGCCACAGACGGUCACCAUUCACAGCGAUGACCCUGAGCUAAGUGUCAUCACAAACACUGAGGAGUGGCGUUACUUCAAAGCGCUAACCAGAACUUCUACCCCGCUGGAGGAAAACAUGUUCCACUCGGAGCAGGGUGCUCCAGGUCCUAGGGUUUACCUCCGGCCCAAAGAGAGCCUCCACGUGCCCCUGAAAUACCAAAGCUUCCUCUGCGACCACACCAUGGCCCUUCAGGGACCAAGCCUGAAGGCUACAGCCAGAGGUUCCCAGGUGGCCAAGAAGAAUCUGUCCAAUAUUAUUGCUGCCAAAACUAUCAAGGUUACUUUCAAAGCAGAAGAUGGAAAGCCAAUGGCCAUCUGCCAAGUGAAUGUGGAGCCAACGCCCCAUGUCGUUGACCAGACUUUCCGACUUUACCACCCCGAGCUCUGUUUCCUUAAAAAGGCCAUCCGCCUGCCAGUCUGGCACGACCCUGCAGCUAUCAACCCAGAUGCUCAUGUUUCUGUCCGCUGCAGUGACCCUAAUAUCAUCUGCCAAACAAGGAUGCUGGCACCAGGAGAGCCUCAAGAUGUGUACUUGAAAGUGCCAGGGAGUCCCAGUCCACACAUAAAAAUGUUCUUUGUAAUGGUUUUCACUGAUAAGUGGAUGGCAGCGCCCUCCCAGAUCUGGCAGAUUUACGUGCACUUCCUGGAGCGUGUGGACGUCAGCUGUGUGACUGGCCAGCGGAGCUGUCAGUCACUCGUUCUGAGGGGAACGCAGGCUAUCCGUAAGGUCAAGUGUUUCUCAUCACACCCCGGCGAGAUUCAGGUGGACCCAGCGGGUGUGUUUGUUUUGCCUCCUGCAGCAGUGCAGGAGCUCCAGCUGAAGGUGCAGCCAUGGCAGGCUGGCAGCCGCUUUCUGUACGUGAACGCGGUAGAUGUGGAGCAGCAGCGGCUGGUCACCGCGUGGCUGCUCUGUCUCAAUGUUCACCGUCCUGUGCUGUCCAAGGCUUUUGAAGUAUGCGUUCCAGUUGGCGGUGGACGUGGCAGUUCCAGAAAAAUCACCUACACCAAUCCGUACACCAGCAGCCGUACAUUCCUGCUUCGCUCUGACCAUCCAGAUCUGCUCCAGUUCAAAGAGGAUAAAUUCCAGAUUGGAGGGGGAGAGAGUUACACCAUCGGACUGCGGUUUGCCACGAGCCAGAGUCCCGGAUCAGUGGACAUCCUGGUCUACGUGAACAACCUGGAGGAGAAGACGGAGGAGACGUUCUGUGUGAAAGUAAACUAUUCAUGAAGUGAAAGUUGUUUGAAAAAACAAGUAGAAGCUUCAGUGGAAAUGUUGACUGUGCUGUACUUUGUAAUAUACUUUAAGAGUGUGAAAGAAACUGAAACUUUCCUGGCUCUUUUGUCAUUUUGUAUUAGAUUAUUCUUCAAGAAAAUAAAACUUUGCAACACUGAGUGUUUUUCAGUCUUCUCAUACAAACUUGUUUAUUCUGGACUGCAUGACCAAGAAGUCUGAAUGAAAUUUGUUACGAUAAAAUGAGGUCACGUUGCAGGAAUCAAACAUGUUGAAUAGAAUUGCCAGCUUCCUUUCUAAACAAAACAAAACAAAACUGACUAGAAAAGUUUUAUUUGAUAAAUUAUGCACUAAAUUUAAAAGUACUGGGAGCUAUAAACUGGGUGCAAAGCAGCCUGAAAAGUAGUAAAUGAUGUUGUAAAUUUGCUUUGUUUCAUAAUCAGCAAAGUAAUGCAUGCAAUCUGCAAUUAAGGUGUCAAGGUUGAUUCCCACUGGUGAGCUGUCCUCAUCCAAAAAGCCUGGCAAAUGCCUGUCAGUUCAACCCCAGCCAUCCAAAGGUGGGCCGAGGGUGAAAGCAAUAACAUUUUAUCGACUUUAAUUACCCAGCAAACCCACUUGAAUGCCACUUGAUGGCCGAGUUUUAAUCUAAGACAAGCCGGGGGUCUGCGCUCCUCGUCCCCUCACCUCCCAAACAACUUCUCCUCAUCACUGGCAUUAUUAGAAACAGCGCCGUAAUGAAGUAUGAUUUUCCAGCGAGGCGCACAUCUCUUCACAUCGCCCUCAUUAACACCAGCACCCUUUUAAACCCUUCAUGCUCUCCCUCCUGCUUGUUCUGCCAUGUCUCUCUCUAUUGGAGGUGCUGAGAGGGAGAGAGAGAGAGAGAGAGGAGGACCGGAGACGGAGAGAAGGCUGUGCAUAUUGUGUUAUGUAACAGAGUUACACAAUCCCUCCACCCUCUGCACCCCCCUCCAUACUUCCUUCAUCCUUGCUUUCUCUCUCAUUAGAAUGCAGGCUGCAAAGUAAGCCUCACCAGCGCGGCAAAGCCUAAUAAAACGAAGAUAGCAGCCAAGCCUAGUGCACUUCAUCUUUACCUUCUCAAAGCAAAAAAAAAACAAAAACCCAAAAACAUCCUUUGUGUAUUAUGCAUUUCAUGUUAAUAUGGUCACAGCUUACAAAUAUACACAUUUAAGGCUGUGUAACCACCGACACGGAUGGGUUCCUAUAUUUAAUUAAAGUUUGCCUUAAUACAAAAGCUAAAUGCCAUACGGACGAGGUGCUGGCUGGUGCACACGUUCCUCCUGUUUCAUGCUGAAAUUUUGAGAGACUAGAAAUUGAGUCCAUUCUGUGUCGAUGCAUUCAAAAGUUCAUCUGAGGCUAACGUGCGACCGGCCGUCUGAUCUGCCCCAUAAAUGAACCACUGACUUAAUCAGAAAUUAUUUAAUCUGAUUUUAUUCAACAUAACAUCUGAUUUUUCCUCAAAAAGAAAACAAAAAAACGUGCCAAUUUUGUUUUAUUUUGCUCUAACCAAUCAGUGGAUUCCUUCCACAUGCACAGCUGCACACCAUCCCAUGUAGAGGCUUUAAAACCCAACCCUAUCCCUUAAAUGGCGAGGCAAGUGACUUCAGUUUUCCAUUCACUGCCCUCACAGCGGGUGUCUGUUGGUGAGCUGUCCCACGUGUCUCUGCCUGUGCGUGGAAAAGAUUUCCUCCUCCCAUCCAUCCUAAUCUGGCACAAAAUAGUGCAUAGCAUCUCCGAUAGGAAUGGGGUGGUGUUUUCUGUUUGUGUGAAAGUGUGGAAAAGAAAAAAACAAAACCCUUCCCUCUGUUCGUUUUAAUACCUGGAUCCUGCUUGGUGCAGCAGGCCCUUCGGUGUGAGCUGCAUGGCUGUUCUCUGAGCGUGGGGCAGAGCUGCACUGACACCUUAUUAGUGGUGCCAGUCCAGUUGUUGUCAGUUCCUCCUGAAGGAGCACAGACACCCGCCACAACAACUCACACUGUCUGCUCACCUUGUUAGUGUGGUUAGACGGGUCCUGUCUUGCUGCCCGAAGUCAAGGCUGCCUUGAUGGUUUGCUGGGUGGAAGCGUGCCCAUUGUUGCCCUGAUUUAGGAAAAAAGGGUGGGGAGAAAAAAGCAGGCCUACCUGCUGGUGCAUGUCUCUGUGUUAGUGUGGUCUUUUGUGAAUGUGUGCGUGUGUAGGUGCCUGGCCUGAGCCAAGUAAGUGGGUGCAUGUCUGUGAAAGCAUACAGCGACGCAGGUAUCAAAGAGCUUUGUAACUGAAGGAAUAUGCAACCUAGCAACAAGCCCUCCUCCUCAUGUACACCGCUGGUUUGGAUCGGCACUCGUGCAGCGGCGAGAAGAGUUUGUUAUUAUUACUGCGGUUCACUUGAAACGGAAAACACACACAUUACAGCAAAGGAGCUAAUGACGGUUUUUCCCUACUGGGGGAAAAAAAAGAAAUACUGCAAUAAAGAAAAUUCAAAGAUUCACUUCUUCCCACACCUGGAUGAACGAUGCCACGGCAGUUUUUUGGUUUUUUGUAGCUGUGAAAGGCAAAACGUCUGCUGUGGCAUCACUGAUUGGGGUGUGGCUCGAACUGCACGAAUUUUGAAGCUUUCAAGCAGCAGGCUUGAAGUGCUUUUGACAUGGGGAUUUAUGUAAACAGUCGAGGUUCUUUAAUAAACAUGAAAUUGUGACAUGAGGUGCAAGAAGGAGCUCUUAAUGAACUGAAAUUCAAUUACCUCAUUACUCGUCUCAGCAGGACCCUCCCUCAGCCAUGACUGCUGAGCACAGAGGGAACAUGAUUUUCUGAGGGAGCAGACGCUGUUCCUGCCACUGCAAACCUGGAUCUGUCCAAAUUCAAGACAGUUCUCAGUAGAUGGCAGCCUUACACAUACAGCUCAGUUGUUUUGCCAUUCUUCCUUUCCUCUGAGGCUUUAGUGAAUUCAAGAGCUUGUAUAAGACUCCCCCCAUUCUGAUAUCAUGAAACACAAAUAAACCAGCAUGUAUAACCUUUUAGUUAUUUAAAAAAAAAAAAUAGAUCAAUCACGUUUAUUCUCUUUACUUAUCUGUGUGAAACCUUUACAAUCAGUCCAUCGAAUUUCAUAUAGAGAUAGGUCAGAAUUGACUUACCAGAGAGUUAAUCAAUAGGGGAGAACUUCCUUGCAAUGGGUGCCAUUAACCUGAUAGUCCAGAAUGAAUAUGGACUUUAACGGGUUUCAUAAAAGGUCAUUUCCCUCACUUUUUUAGUAGAAUGAAGAAU